AUGAAGCUCACCUAUUCAAUACUACUAAAGCAGAUACACAAAAACAACUCAACUUCGCAGUAUCGAGAAAAAGCUCUCAAUCUAUACCCAAUUCUGCUUCUUGCCCUGUCUUCUCACAAGACUUUCAGAAUCAAAGGAUUCCUGGCCAAGAAACAAAAGCUUAAUUGUCCUAUUCCUCAAUGGAUUCAGAUGAAAACUGGUAAUAAAAUCAGGUACAACUCCAAGAGAAGACACUGGAAAAGAAAGCUGGGUCUGGAAGGAUUCAUAUAA